GCCAGGCCGCUGCCCGGCAGUGCCUGGGCCUUGGCGGUGGUGGGCAGCGGCGCCCAGCGCGGCCUGCGCGCCCACCCGGGCCCGUUCCCCGCUGCCGACCCAGUCGGGCCGGGCGCCCGCGCGGGGUGCAGGGCGCGGCCCCGAGUCCGUCCGGGGCGCCAUGGCGGCGGUGGGGCCGCGGGCCGGGCCGGGCGCGGGGGCCGAGGCGCUGGCGCUGGCCGCGGAGCUGCAGGGCGAGGCGACCUGCUCCAUCUGCCUGGAGCUCUUCCGCGAGCCGGUGUCCGUGGAGUGCGGCCACAGCUUCUGCCGCGGCUGCAUCGCGCGCUGCUGGGAGCCCCCGGGCGCGGCGCCCCGCCCGCUGCCCUGCCCGCAGUGCCGCGAGCCCGCGCGGCCCGGCCAGCUGCGCCCCAACCGGCACCUGGCCGCCGUGGCCGCGCUCCUCCGGCGCUUCAGCCUGCCCGCCGCCGCGCCCGAGCAGCGCGCCCCGCCGCAGGCCGCCCGCUGCCCGCUGCACGGGGAGCCGCUCAAGCUGUACUGCCAGGACGACGGCCGCGCCAUCUGCGUGGUGUGCGAUCGCGCCCGCGAGCACCGAGUGCAUGCGGUGCUGCCGCUGGACGAGGCGGUGCAGGAAGCCAAGGAGCACUUGGAUUCCAAGCUGAAGGUCUUGAAGAAAGAUCUGGAGGACUAUGAGGUGUUCCGGUCUAUGGAAGAAAAGGAGAGCAAGGAGCUACUGAAGCAGAUGGCAGCAGAGAGAGAGAAGGUGGGGGCAGAGUUCCAGGCACUGCGGGCCUUUCUAGUGGAGCAGGAGGGUCGGCUUCUGGGCCGCCUGGAGGAGCUGUCACGGGAAGUGACCAAGAAGCAAAAUGAGAAUCUGGCCCAACUGGGAGGCCAGAUCACUCAGCUCUCCAAACUCAGCAGCCAGAUCCAGGAGACAGCUCAAAAGCCUGACCUUGACUUCCUCCAGGAAUUCAAGAGCGCACUAAGCAAGUGCAGCAAUGUGCCUGCCCCCAAGCCAACCACAGUCUCCUCUGAGAUGAAGAAUAAAGUCUGGAAUAUUUCUCUCAAAACCUUCAUCUUAAAAGGGCUUCUGAAGAAGUUCAAAGAAGAUCUUCAAGGGGAGAUGGAGAAAGAGGAGAAAGUGGAGCUCACUUUGGACCCCAAUACGGCCAACCCUCGCCUCAUCCUCUCUUUGGAUCUUAAGAGUGUGCGACUUGGACAGCGGGCUCAGGACCUGCCCAGUCACCCUCACCGCUUUGACACCAACACUCGUGUCCUGGCAUCUUGUGGUUUCUCUUCUGGACGUCACCACUGGGAAGUGGAAGUGGGCUCCAAGGAUGGCUGGGCCUUUGGUGUGGCCCGUGAGAGUGUGCGCCGCAAGGGUCUCACACCCUUCACCCCAGAGGAAGGUGUCUGGGCACUGCAGCUAAACAAUGGGCAGUACUGGGCUGUCACCAGCCCUGAGCGGACACCCCUCAGCUGUGGCCAUUUGUCUCGCGUGCGAGUGGCCCUGGACUUGGAGGUGGGGGCAGUGUCCUUCUAUGCUGUAGAGGACAUGCGCCACCUCUAUACUUUCCGAGUCAACUUCCAGGAGCGCGUGUUCCCCCUUUUCUCAGUCUGCUCCACUGGCACCUACUUGCGAAUCUGGCCUUGAGGCAGGAUAAGCUUCCAGGCCAAGGGUCAGUUGUGUGUGAACUCCUCUCCUCUCAACCGUCUAAUCUCACUCUUGGCCUGCCCUCCGCACUCCUGCUCCAGGCUGCCCUACAGAGCACAACAUGGGAAGCAUGAAGAACUGAUGGACUGUGAUCCAUGGAGCAGGGAAAGAGAUGCCUUGGACCUCUGGGACCUGUACCUGCCCUAUUCCUGGGCACGUAAAUGUGGCCUUAAUUGUGAGGGUAUGAAUUGUAGGCAUGUGGGUGCUUCCUAUUACAUGAAACUUCUACUCUGAUUGAGACAGGCUCUGGUUCCAAGGAACAGUGCCACACUGUGGUCCUGAUACAGGGCCAGGUUUGACCCUGGGCCAGCCAUGUUUGUUAUCAAUUUGUUUCCUUGCCACCUCUGCCUUGAGAGGUCAUGAGAUUUCUGGCUGUAGCUGACUUAUACCUGACUACCUACUUAGGAACGCAUACUAUCCUCCCAGCUUGGGAGUUCAGUCUGGUUAGAACUAGGAGGCCCUUGAGGGGAAAGGUGAGGACAAAGCUUAUGGGCAUUACUACUGUCCAACACGCCUCAACCUGAUGAUGCAGAGGGACUGUGCAUUCCUGACCACAGUACAACAGACAUGUGUUAUCACAGAUACCUGACCUAUUUUCCAGUAUCAGAAGACAGUCUCCUUUGAGUGAGGAAAUCAAAGCUUCUAGAAUUUUGAAACACAUGUCAGCACAGAUAAUUUUACACAUGCAACUCAUACUGGCACAGAAAUGCACAGACCGUACACAUGCUCCCAACAGCCUUUUUGGAACUUGCUGAACACAUGCUAACAGUAGUUUCCUGUUGCCAAGGCCUGCUCAGCCUGUGUCCAGGAGGGUGUUCAGAGGGCCGACUUCAUUCUCCUGGCAGAUGUUUCCCAGCUUCUGGAUGCCUGGGCUUUUGGAAGGGUGAUAGCGUGUUGUACCCAGCUUGCUGCUCCCUGGAAAGGGACACCAGGAGAUGGAAAUACAGAUUGUGAACUCAUCUUUA